GUUUUCUUGACCACGAUACCGCCGAGGUGACAACUGCGUGCCUAAAUGUCAGCUAAUUUACCAGAACGUCUGAGGUAGCCCAGAUUUAGCCAGAGGUGCAAGAAGGCUGUGCAACCAUGGCAUCGGUGGAAACCACCUAUGGGGAGCUCCCAUUCCCUCAUGACCAUCUCGUCCACACCGCCACCGCUCAUGAUUGGGAGGAGGAAAAACGCAAACAGAAGGACUUUUUUGAUGAUGGCACCAUGACAUUUUUCUGGCGUGCUCACACAAUUUCGGUGCUAGUUAUCUUCAGUGCAAUCCUGGUUUAUGUUGCCUUAUUUGAGACUCAAUAUACAGACACAGAGUACAACACUAAAAGAGGUAUUAUUGCCCUGAUUCUGGCCUUUCUGCUGUUCGGGGUCACUCAAACCCCUGAUGGACCCCUCAAAAGGCCUCAUCCUGCCUUUUGGAGACUCACACUAUGUCUCAGCAUUGUGUAUGAGCUGGCCUUAGUGUUUCUUUUAUUUCAGACUGUAGACCAUGCCCGCCAUUUGAUGAAGCAUUUUGAUGAGAAUCUUGGGAAACCACUGCCAGAAAAGGAUUAUGGAGGAAACUGCUACCUGUAUGAUCCAUCACAUGAAGAUCCUUUCCACAACAUCAAAGACAAAAUGGAUGGGUUUGUUGUGGUGCACUUCUUUGGCUGGUGGUUGAAAACGCUUAUCCUGCGUGACUGGUGGCUGUGUACUGUUAUCAGUAUUAUGUUUGAGAUCCUGGAGUACACUCUAGAGCAUCAGUUGCCUAACUUCAGCGAGUGCUGGUGGGAUCAUUGGAUUAUGGAUGCCCUUGUGUGUAAUGGCCUUGGUAUCUUCCUGGGGAUGAAGACCUUGCGGUAUCUGUCCAUGAAGCCUUAUCAUUGGAGAGGAAUGUGGAACAUACGCUCUUACAAGGGGCGCUUCAUGCGAGUUGCCGCUCAGUUUACACCUUAUAGCUGGACAGAUUUUGAUUGGAGACCCACAUCAAGCCUUAAGCGCUGGCUUGCCAUGUUAGGAGUCAUAUCCAUAUUUCUGUUGGCUGAGCUGAACACAUUCUACCUCAAGUUUGUGCUGUGGAUCCCACCGGAGCACUAUCUCUGCCUGGGUCGUCUAGUUUUGUUCCUGUUCUGGGGAGCUGCUGCCAUGAGGGAAACCUUCCAGUACUUGGAUGACCCAAACAUAAAGUUAUUUGGCCGCCAGUCAUGGAUGAUCGCUGGUAUCAUUGUCACAGAGUUCCUAAUUACGCUGAAGUUUGACUGGGAGUUGAUCAGCCUGCCCUUGCCUCGGCAUGUUGUCAUAUUCUGGUCUGUUGGUCUCAUCAGCCUUUUCCUGUACACCUUCUGGAAGUUCUACAUCAAGCGGGAUGUCAAGCUAGACAUCCUGCCUCAAGAGAAACUAAUGUAUCAGAAUGGCAGUACUCAGAUGUACAAGCAGUCCAAUGGAGAGGGAGUGUCCAAUGGGACUCGUCAAUCAGCUCAUGCCAGAAAGGUCAAAUCUACAUGACCUUCAAGGCACCAUAUUAACACUUGAAACACACACACAAACAUGUCUGAUUGUGUUCAGAUUGCCUAAAUCUAUAUUUUGCAAAUAUGUAUCUUUUGAAAAGUUUUUAAACAAAAGAUAAACUAUUUUCUGUUGUGUAUUAAAUUCAAAAUAUAAAUAAUUACUGGUAUACAAAUUUAUAUUGAGCCGUUGUAAGCUUUUUAUUGGAAUUGGGUUGAAAAUUAGGCUCACGUGGGGACAGUAAUAGAUGUAUAUGUUACAACAUUGAGGAUGUUUAUCUUUUCACACAUAAGUGACAAACAUAUAAUUUUAUAUGACAAAUUAGGUCCUUAUGAACACAACAAUAAAUUAAAUUGUGUUAUUUCUAAAACAAAGCAUGUUUAUAUUUCCAAACAAAUCGUUGGGUAAAAGUUUUGUAUAUUUAUACCAUGGAUCAAGAAAUAGUAAUCUGGAUUGUUAAUGAUAGAUUAUGGCCCUGUUUGUUCUGUUGUUUGGAGUGAUACAUUGUUUACACAGUAUGUGACCUGACUAAGGUGGCUGGUACUGUAGGUUUGUACUUUUGAUGUGUUCGUAUUUCUUGUACAACGUGUUUAACAAUUAAAGUCCUGUGCUCCUUGUUGUUGACAGGAUAUUGUUGAGAGGUUAACUUUUCUUCAACAUGUAAGGCCUACAUUGGUACUUGGUGUACUUGAAAUUAAUUGGGAUUACCUUAUUUGGCAAUCGGACGAUAGGAAUUGGAUUAAAGUGGAUUCAUGAUAAAUAGAGUCAUCCUGGCAGUGAUAACUACUACUGUAAUUCUUCAACCUUUUCGCAUGUUCUCAAGGUGUUUAUCCAAGCAUAUUCUGAAGGCAUUAUUCUGUGUACACUCAUUAAGUUACACUUUUUGUGAAACCCUGAAAUUGGCCAACCCUACCAUUGCAAUUUUGUCUCCAAAAUCAAAUUAAAAAGGUGGAUAAAUGACUUUGAAAGUUGUCCUUUGAUAUGUGAAAAGGUUGAGGAAUUUGGGUUUUACUGAAUGAUGUAUUCCUGAAAAAAGGACAAUUUUAAACUUUUCUCAGGCAAGCUUUGUUUUAAUGAGCUCUUUGGACCUAUUUGACAUGUGAUUCACACAAAACAAUUUGGAAGUGUGUGUUAACAGAGCUAUGCAGUUGCAUAUAUUUUUGUAACUUUGACCUACGUGUAGGCCUGUUCUAGUAUAAUACCAUUUUGUGGUCAUGUACUGUUGUCCAAAUGAGAAAUCAUCACUGGAACAUUAUUUGUACCUUGUCACAUACCCUGAAUGACCUAAAAUUUCGCCCACAAAAUGGCAUUUUUAGAGGCAAAUAAAUGUCACAAAAUACUAUUUGUGGUGAUGAAACUUAGAAUUUUCCAGCAGAAUAUCAUCACGUGUUCCAACCAAACCUCACAACACAUGUCUAAAAUCAAUAGAACUCUCAAAGUCAGGAAAAAUGGGCACGUUCGUCAUGGACGAAAUUUAUGUUCACCUAGGGUAUUUCAUUGUUUUGGACGUGGGUGAAAAGAAUGUUGUGUGAAGAGUGUACCUCAUGAUAUCUACCUGUGCAACUUGUGCAUCAUAUUUACCUGCAAGUGAAUUUUAUACUCUUGCUAUACUACAUUACUAAUCCCUCCAACCCAGCCAGUGAGAAUGCCAAGGCUUUUUUUUUUUUAACUAACAAAUGGUUAAAGUUUCCUCAAUAUGUACUUAUGAACUGUUGGCGGAUAAUGUUUUGAUGUCUUACAUUUAUUUCUGUAUGUUAAUGAAAUGGAAUGAUGCCAAUUCAAUGUAUCAGUAUAACACUAUAUUAACUUGGUUUCCAUGUUUCUGUAAAAUCUGCUUUGAUAAUCAUUUGUUUUCUUUUUUUUAUUUGUGUUGAAUAUGUUUAGUUAGUAAAGUGUAUUUAAACUUUGAGGCACAUUGUGGAUAGUAUAGGCCAUUCCUCCAGGAGUGAACAAACUGGUUGAGAAGAGAGCUUCUGGGUUCGGUCAUUCUUUGUGCAGCUUUAAAGCAGUGAUGAUAUGGUGUCACAAUAGUCUGCUCAGAUUAGCAGUUUAAAUGUCACACCUUAAAUUGUUUCUUAUUCCUGACUCGUCCAUUCCUGAAUAAGUGCUUGACCGCCAGAGUAAGUUUCCAGAUACAGCUGAACAGUCAAGGGAGGUAACUGCUAACAUUGUACUGCUGCCAUAUCAUUGUCACAUGUUCACAGCCAUGAACCCAUGGGUUCUUUGGACUGCCUUUUGUGUAACUAAUUGUAACUGUGAAUUGCAGCGUUGUUUGUGGUCUGUAUAUGAAUAUUUUUGCUACAUUCAUUGCCCAUCACCAUUGUAAUCAGUUGGUUGAUGGAUAGAGGAUUGAUUAUCCUGCAGAACCUCGUCGGUCUGCCAAUGCCUGGUCACAAGUGGACAGCCUUGUAGCUUAACUGUCACAAGAUUUUCAGCAACAAAACUCACCUGUUCCAAACGACGACUCAACUGCAUUCUGAUUGGUUUAUGGAGUUCUACAGACAUCUUACUGCAAGGACGCAGUUGGCCAGGUUUGCUGGUGUCGUGUUGUGGCACUUCGGAACUGUUUCAAUGUUAUUGCACAAAGUGAUUGUAGGCUAGGUUGAUUGUAAGUACCAUGGCAACAUAUGUUGUUAAUAUGUGUUGCUAUGGUAAUUACAGCUAACUUAAUCUACGAUCGCUUAGUUCAAGAGGGUUCAGGUCUGUCGAGGGUCUGGAAGACUGGUUAAUCAGUAGAACUGAUCUUUGUAUUACAUGCUGUCCAGACUUUCCACCACGCUCUGUUCCAUGCCUGCCUGCCUGUUGCUCAUUUUUUGUUUGUACAGAAACUGCCUGUGUUACCUUUGAAUAUAUAUAGAUAUAUAUAUUUUAUAGCGUGUCAAAUACGUUGCUGUUAUUUCACUGUCAGUUUGGUUCCCAUACUGUGGAUGUACAUGUACUUUGGUAAAGAUUAAAUUGCAAAUAAA